CGUAGCUUGUUGGGUUGGAGAACUCGCGACGAUGGCGACGACGACUCGCUGCUGGAAAGGGACGCAGUGAAGCUUGGCCUCGGCUCGGAUAUGACUAAUGUUUAUUUGGGCGAGGUUUAUUUGCUGCUUAAUAAUUGCACAGGCUUCGGAUGAACCUCUGGCUCCUGAGUUACCGUCACUUCCUUCACUGAUUUCCAUGUGUUACUCGUGAGAGUUUACAAACAGGAUUAUCAGGACUGCUCUUCGUUACUGAUUGUCUGCGACUGGUCCAAGGCGGAGCCCCUUGUUUGGUGACCCACACUCCUUCACAGGGGCCAUGGAGGAGGAGGGGCAGCAGGGCGUGGAGAGUAUCCAGGCCAAUCAGAACUUCCCCAAGAAGUCCCCGGUCCUGGAGGAGGAAAACAUGCAGGUGCCCUUUCCUGAGCUGCACGGGGAGUUCACAGAGUAUGUGGGGAGAGCAGAGGACGCCAUCAUCGCCACGUCCAACUACCGUCUGCACAUCAAGUUCAAAGAGUCCGUUGUCAAUGUUCCUCUUCAACUCAUUGAAUGUGCAGAGUGUCGCGACAUGUUCCAGCUGCAUGUCACUUGUAAGGACUGCAAAGUCAUCAGGUGUCAGUUCUCCACCUUUGAGCAGUGUCAGGAGUGGCUGAAACGCCUGAAUUCAGUAGUGCGCCCCCCGACUCGUCUGGAGGACCUCUUCUCUUUUGCAUUCCACGCCUGGUGCAUGAAUGUAUACGCCGGGGAGAAGGAACAGCACGGCGAGCUGUGCAGACCAGGGGAACACGUGACCUCCUGGUUCAAGAACGAGGUGGAGAGGAUGGGCUUUGACACUCAAAAUGCCUGGAGGAUAUCUGACAUCAACAGCAAGUUCAGGCUGUGCCCCAGCUAUCCUCAGCAGCUCCUGGUGCCCGCCUGGAUCACUGACAAGGAGCUGGAAAAUGUGGCCGCCUUCCGCUCCUGGAAGAGGUUUCCUGCUGUGGUUUACAGGCACCAGACAACUGGGGCCGUGAUCGCCCGCUGCGGUCAACCUGAGGUCAGCUGGUGGGGCUGGAGGAACGCUGACGACGAGCACCUGGUGCAGUCCAUCGCCAAGGCCUGCGCAGUCGACGGCAGCUCGCACAAGCACCUGUCCAACGGCGGCGGGUACACUAACGGCUCUGACCUGUCUGACACAGACUUUGAAUCCUCCAUGACCAACAGCUCAGAGGUGGAGACGUUGGCCAUCCAGCCCCAUAAGUUACUGAUCCUGGAUGCCCGGUCCUACGCUGCGGCUGUGGCUAACCGAGCCAAGGGGGGAGGCUGUGAAUGCCCAGAAUAUUAUCCUAACUGUGAGGUGGUGUUUAUGGGCAUGGCCAACAUCCACUCCAUUCGCAAGAGUUUCCAAUCUCUGCGGUUCCUCUGUACUCAGAUGCCUGACCCAGCUAACUGGCUCUCUGCGCUGGAGAGCACCAAGUGGCUGCAGCAUCUCUCCCUGCUGUUGAAGGCAGCGCUGCUGGUGGUUAAUGCUGUGGACAGAGACCACAGGCCGGUCCUGGUGCACUGCUCUGACGGCUGGGACCGGACUCCUCAGAUCGUGGCUUUAUCGAAGCUGCUGCUGGACCCUUUCUACCGCACUAUUGAGGGCUUCCAGGUUUUGGUGGAGACCGAGUGGCUGGACUUUGGCCACAAGUUUGCAGAUCGAUGCGGUCAUGGAGAGAACUCUGAGGACUUGAAUGAGCGCUGUCCUGUCUUCCUUCAGUGGCUGGACUGUGUUCACCAGCUGCAGAGACAGUUCCCAUGCUCCUUUGAGUUUAAUGAGGCCUUCCUAGUGAAACUCGUUCAGCACACCUACUCCUGUCUAUUUGGCACCUUCCUGUGUAACAGCGGCAAGGAGAGGGAGGACCGGCACGUUCAGGAGAGGACCUGCUCUGUGUGGUCGCUGCUAAGACCGGCCAACCGCACCCUGAAGAACAUGCUGUACUCCUCACACUCCGAGAUUGUUCUGCACCCCGUGUGUCACGUUCGCAACCUGAUGCUGUGGACUGCGGUCUACCUGCCCAGCUCCUCUCCCACUACCCCCUCAGAUGACUCCUGUGCCCCCUACCCUGUGCCUGGUUGCAACCCGGAGGACACGCCCCUGGCCAGGCGUACAAAGACACGCUCCUUUGACAACUUGCCAAGUGCAUGUGAGCUGGGAAAUUCUCUGGCUCCUAACCGGCGCUCCAGUGACCCGAGCCUCAAUGAGAAAUGGCAGGACCACCGGCGUUCUCUGGAGCUCAACAUGGCAGUGGGGCCUGAGGGAGUGGGGAACCAGGAUCAGGAGGUGCGACCCAACAGAGUGGGGCCUUACCUCGAGGGAGGGGACUCGGAGCUGGACGACAGCCCUCAGCCCAGAGUCACACAUGCUGAGCUGGGACAGGGAGCCUCCGGCAGCCCGGCAGAAACAGUAGAGGAAGCAGAGGAGGCGGAGCUCUCUGUGGCUGUGGGUGUGGCCGAGGGCCAGAUGGAGAACAUCCUGCAGGAAGCCACUAAGGAGGAGGCAUUGGCAGAAGUUCAGACAGAGGAAAGUACUGUUGUCCCGCAUGUCAUUAACACUGUUGACACAGAGGUGGGGAGAGAAGCACAAGCUGAGGAAGAUGACCUAUGUGCUAAGGUGAAGGGCACUCACAUCCAGACAGAAACAUUUGCAAAUGGUAACCAUCGAGAGAAUGAGGUAACGGAGGCCGAGGAGGAUGUAUUUCUCCCUCUUCCUGCACAGGAAUCAGAGAAAUUGGAAGAACAAGCAGCUGAGGUCCCUCAGACAGCAGAUGAUCUAGUGAAGCAGGAUGUAGAGAACCCCUCUGCACAAGAGGAGCUUCCACAUGUGGAGCCCUGCUCAGGUGAACCAAAUCAGCCAGUGGCCCAGAGAACUUUAACUAAUGGCUAUGUGGACAGCUCACCUGAAGAGCGAGAUGUGGAUGAGGAGCCCUGCCCUCACUCUGAAUCUGAUAGUGGAGGUGACUUGGAGCAGGUGGAUCAGGUGGAUAAGAGGGCAUCCCUGAUGGAAAGCUCCACAGAGACUUUAACUGAAGAGGGCUGCACCAGGUUGGAGCUGCCCGCACAUCUGCCUGUUUGCCCGAGUCGGCAGCCCUGCAGUGAAGGCAGGAGCCAUCCUCCCUGCUCCAGGAAAGAAAAAGGACUUGAGCUAGGUGAGCAUGGCUUUUUCAGAACUUUAAACGGGGGCAGCAAGCAUCCGUCUGUUAGUGCCUUUCAGUCCGUCGGCGGUGACCCCAUCAUCAGGGAUGGGCUUUGCAACGGCGACAACUCAGAGGGGGAACCCUGCGGAGGACCUCACUUGGCCAAAGGAAACGGGGAGAAGGCCCCACUGAGUCGACAGGUGUCUUUGGCGAGCUGCAACUCCCUGAUCCUCCAUCCACGGGGCAGCUGCUCCCAGCACCGCUGGUGCCAUGCCCUGCUGGGUCGGGCUGCAAUCAGCCCCGAGCAGCCGUCCCGCGGCCAUCUGGACGAUGACGGGCUAACGCUGCACACAGACGCCAUCCAGCAGAGACUGAGGCAGAUUGAGGCGGGGCACCAGAUGGAGGUGGAGACUCUAAAGAAACAGGUGCAGGAGCUGUGGAGCCGCCUGGAGAACCAGCAGCACUGUGGCUCCCACCGGGUCAACGGAGACAUGGGAGAUGAAAUGACCUCAAUGACAGACUCCGAAUACAACCUGGACCCCAACUGUUUGUCACGCUGUAGCACAGAGUUCUUCUCUGAAGCCAGCUGGGAGCAGGUGGACAAGCAGGACACUGAGGUUUGCUGCUCAGAUCAAAGCUGUGAACUGAGACCGGGCUGUGCUUUCCAGGUGACCCGUUGGUACCCAGACCAUUUGGCAGCCCAGUGUUACGGCUGUGAGAGCAGGUUCUGGCUCGCCGCGAGGAAGCAUCACUGCAGUGGCAGGGAGCCAGUCCAGGAGGUUUGGAACUGUGGUAACGUGUUCUGUGCCAGCUGCUGUGACCAGAAGAUCCCCGUGCCAAGCCAGCAGCUGUUUGAGCCCACCCGCGUCUGUAAGACCUGCUACGGGAGCCUUCAGCUGGGCCCGGCUCCCCUGGAUCUGGAGCUGGAGAAACCCAUCGCAGCCAGCUCUAAUUGAGUUUCAGAGGACUAGGGGAAAAGGAGAGCAAACUGAACCACCAGCUGUUGACACACGGAGGCGCACUGCUGAAAAAAAGAGCACAGGAUCUCCACAGAAUGUCCCAUGAACUUAAUGUGUGUGUGUGCGCUGCAGAUGUGGAAUUUAAUGUGUAUAUACAGAAAGAUGGCGUGGAGGAAAUAGCUUAAUGGUGUGACGGCGUGAUGGAGAGAGCACCCUGAAUGAGGCGGUGUGUGUGUGUGAGAUUGUGUGGCAUUGACAGGUCUGCACUCAAAGACUGGAGGAGUGAGAAUGGACAUCCUGGUGCCUGUAGGAUCAGGCGGGCGGAGGUGUCACUGUGUUGCUCAAGUCUCUCGGAGGGCGUCGGUACAUUUGGCUUACCCACACUUCAGACUUCUUUAUCUUCAUCUUCCUGCUUGGACUCCUUCUUUUCUGCGGAGGAUUACGCUGAGAAACGACUUGGAAUCAUCCGAUACUCCCUGACAGAUACUUGGACAGCUGCUGCCUGUGUUGUUGUACAGGGGGCGGUCCUAAGGGUCAGUUCACCCCCCCCUCCCCCCACUGACACUGACCUCUGGCCCGUUACAAGCCUCGUGGUUAGAUUUUCAGCAGUCUUAGGCCCCGUGUCUCCAUGGCGUUUUUUUUCUGAGCGCCAGCGUCUUUUUUCAAUUGUUUUCAAAGGGUAGAGAGUGUUCGCUGCAGAAAGCGGCCGCAUGGAGGAAAAAGUGCAGCGCCCAGAGAAUUUUUUCCGAGCUCUCACUCUUUAUUGUGCGACUGCUUUAAGAGCACAUGUUGAAAAUCGUUCAACUUUUCAGGAAGGCGCUGUUGACGUCCCCGGCGCUCUUCUUAAUGUUUAAUAUUCCCUGUAGUUUUGUCUCCUACAGGUUGUAUCUUGUAUUCACAUCCUCCUCACUCCGUGUCUGAUCGGGUAAAAAACGAUCUGAAAUAUAAAACAUGCAGUAAAAAGUAACAGAGCAGUGUCGGUCAUGCAGCGGCCGUUGUUAACAGAUUGUUGUCAUAGAGACAGGACAGACGUACAUGCAAGCUGUUCGAGCUCACAGCCAGCACUAGAUGGACACGGGGCUUUAGUUUGCAGACUGUCAGAAACUUGUAGUGCGAAGAUCAACUUUAUUAACGUUUUAAAACGACCUUUAUGGAGGUUACACACCGGAACGCGUCGGGUCUAAUGACGUUAAUAAAGUUGAUCUUCGUACUCCGAGUGUUGCUGCAGCGCUGUGACCUCUUCCACCCUUUCACUCUCCGUACACCUCAACUCAAAGAGACUUGAAUGACACAACAUUUCAGUAUUUUAAUAUUUAAGAGGAGGCGGAUACAACGAUGACGUCAUACAGACUGUAAUUCAGCUGUUUGGUUAUUUAAGAUUGUUGACUGAAGACAGAUUAAUAAAGUGGUCUUCAUUUAACAUCCGGAGUCUGUCUAAGACAGACAGAGAAAAGACAGAGUGAAAACUAUUUAGAUUCUGAGACCAAGACCUUCAAAAAUGAGUCUUUAGACCAAGACCGAUCUCAAGGAGUAAAACACUAGUUGAUCAAACAUUCACCUUAUGUAAAUCAAUUUAUCUAAACUUUAAACUUUUAAACCCCCGCCUGCUGACCCCCCCCCCCCCCCUCAGUCUCUCAAUGUGAGGAGUUAGUUUUGUUUUGUUAGGGGUGAACUGAUCCUUAAACGUGCCUGGACUGAGCACACCUCUCUGCAUGGUUACAGUGAUUAACAUGUAUGUGUGUGUGUAAACAUAAACACAACAACAGGACGCAGCUCGCAGCGCUUCUGUCUGCGUUCAGACGGGGUGUUAGUGUUGAGAUUGAGCCCGUCAUCACGCGCCGGAUUCCUGCAGCAGGUUGUUUUCCACCUUUCCUUUGAACACUUCACAACAAGAUGAUGUUGUUUUUGUUGUCAUGGCGACUCGCUGUGAGUGACUGAGUCCUUCAUGCAGAGCACUUGGUGAUGUAGAGGAAACCUUCAACAUGAGCCUGCGGCGUGCUGUCAGACAGAAGAUGAGGUGUGUGUGUGUGUGUGUGUGUGUGUGUGUGUGUGUGUGUGUGUGUGUGUGUGUGUGUGUGUGUGUGUGUG